AUGGCCUCGAGCAAUGGUCAGCAGCAGGAAGCUCCAGAGCUGGCAAUGUUCAACCCAAGCUCGGAACCUGAUCGUGCUGUCUCUCUCAAUGUCCAACAACAACAACAACAACAACUUCCUGACGCAGCCCAUAACCAUUUACUCCAACAACACAAUGCCAUCUCUUUCUCCACUGUUUCUCAGGCCAACAUGGCAGCACCUUCAGCAAGCAUGUAUUCUGAUUCCAUGAUUAUGGCACAGGCACCACCACAUACGGAUGGCAUAGUGGAUCCUAGUUUUGCUUGGGUGAAUGACAUGUUGCAAGGCAACGUCCAAGACAACCCUUUCAAUACAACGUUCAAUCAGCAAGGACAACAACAACAACAACAACAGCAACCUGAUCAGCAAAUGUUUAUGCAGACAAUGAUCCAAACACAUCCAACGUCCUCUGCACCACAAUCUAUUGCACCUCCACCACCACCAACAGCAGUUUCAUCUAAUAUGCAUCAUGUGGAUCAAUCAUCUUUUACAUCACAACCCACUCCAACAACGUCUGCAUCGAUAAUUAUGGAUACACCAAACAAGAAAAGGCGCACGAUGCCCGCAUCUCAGCCUAACACAGACCACCAAGAUCUACGAAUCAAUUCUCUCGGCAAUGAACAGCGUACAAAUGCGGCGGAUCAGCUUAGUAACGCAUCAACCACACCCGAAGGCACCCUAUCGCCAGCCACACCUUCAUUACUGGCUAUAGAUGAAAAGAAUCAACGUCGUCCUCCUUCUCGUCGUCCACCUAUUCAUCACACUGUCUCAGCACCAUCUACAUCUACUGAUAUAUCCAAUGUUGGUGCAACGAUCACUAGUAAUAUUACAACUACGACUACUGCCGCCGCCGCCGCUACUACCAACACCACCACUACCACCAACACUACAGCUGCUGCUACAUCAUCAUUAUCAUGUCCAAAAGAAUAUGCAUCAAUGACUCGACAAGAACUGAUUGCUCGUUUGGUGGAGUUAGAACAAGAAAAGCGUACAUCAUCUUUACAAAGCAGUCCCGUCACCCCUGAACCCGAUACUGCAGCUCAACAACGAUCCAAUGAUCAAGGUCGACAACAAGAAACGGAUCAUGAAGAAUCAUCAAAUGAAGAAAUCAAAUGUUUAUGGAAGGAUUGUGGACAAGAAUUCAACCAGGUUCAUGAGUUGACGAGUCAUUUACGAGAUGUACACGUGGGAAGUGGCAAGCCAAAUUACCGAUGUGAAUGGAUAGGGUGUCCACGCAAUGAUAAGCCAUUCAUGAAACGACACAAGAUGCAUACUCAUCUUAGAACACACACUGGUGAACGCCCCUUUGUGUGCUCUCAUCCUGGUUGUACGAAACGGUUCCCACGACCGGAUUCACUCACCACCCACAUCAAGACACAUGCAACUUCACGCCCUCAUAUUUGCAGUUUCCCUGGAUGUGAAAAGGCUUAUCUUCAUGUACGGUCUCUCAAAAAACACGAGCAAUCGCAUAAACCACCGUACAGCAUCGCUGGCACGAUGCCUGUCGCUAGUUACCCUACCUCGAUGCAUUCUUCUCAACAACAACAACCACUACCCGCUCCUUCACCACCCGAUUCCAUACAACAACAACAACAACAACAACACACACCCUCAUUUGUACCCAUUACCCAGUCUUCUUUCAUUGAUCAGCAUACCAACGGUCAGUUGCAGAUGUAG